AUUUGGUGUCUUGAACGCAGCUUCGGGGGCUGGAAUAAUUGACCCAAUACCGAGGUCACAUUUCAACAAAGUUGAACUUUUGGAAUCGUAUCACUGAUUCAUAAACUGUCUGCACGCUUGAGUUGAGCAAAAGCUUUAGCCACCAUGGCUGAGCCACCCGUUCUUAUACGACAAGAUGAGGUUGAAGAUUUGUUGCAUUAUAAAGAUUUGAUCCCGCGACUUGAAGUAGCACUGCGGAAGUUUUCCAAACUGGACAGCGCAGAAGUGAUCCAGCCCGUUCGUACUACGGUCCCAUUACAAAAAUACAAUGGAUUCCUGGGGCUGAUGCCUGCGUAUUUGGUGCAUGAAGACAUCCUGUGCACAAAAUUGGUGUGUUUCUACAAGAGGGAGAGUGGGUCAACUCUGCCAUCAACUCAAGCCACGGUGUUGCUGUUUGAUCCUGAGUAUGGGAACGUCAAAGCUGUCAUGGAUGGGGAGGUCAUCACAGCCAAAAGGACAGCAGCAGUGUCUGCUAUUUCUGCCAAGCUGUUGAUGCCAGCCAAGUCGGACGUGUUGACCAUACUGGGAGCUGGCCAUCAGGCCCUCAGCCACUACAACGUCUUCACAGAAACCUUCUCCUUUAAAGAGGUCCGCGUGUGGAGCAGGAGGAAAGAGACGGCGGAGAGGUUUGCCCAGUCCACCCAGGGUCACGUAACAGUAUGGGAGUCAGUGGAGGAGGCAGUGAACGGUGCAGACGUCAUAGUCACUGUGACUGGGGCCAGUGAACCAGUGCUCUUUGGCCAGUGGGUUAAGCCAGGUGCCCAUGUAGCAGCUGUGGGAGCCUGCAGGCCAGACUGGAGGGAGCUGGAUGAUGUGUUGAUGAGGCAGGCUGAGGUGUAUGUGGAUAGCAGAGAGGGAGCUGUAGCAGAGUCAGGAGACAUCAUCCUGUCUGGGUUUUAUUGACCCCGUUUGUAUACAACGGGAAUGGGGAUUCAAGAUGCAGUCUCUGCCAAGCUUGUGUUUGAACAGUGGAAGAACAAACACUGAAGACCUGAGGAUAAUGGGAUGGCCAUGGAUGUGAUCCCUUACAUUCCCACCAGUUCUAUAUUUAAAGGGAGUAGGUGGAAAGAUAGUGGGAGUUUAAGCAUAUUCCUACAUCUGCACAACAGAAAGUAAAAAAAAACUGACAGGCAGAGAUUUAAAAUGAAUUUAUUGGCUUUUUAAAAAAAUUAAGCAGAUUAACUACUAUUAUCAUGUCAAAAUAAAACCACAUUUAGCCAAAUAAAAA